AGUAUAAGAACCAGUGAACAACAAGCUGGGAACUGUGGGAGCUGAGUCACUGCAGGGAGUGAACGAGAGAGGGAGGAGCAGAGAUCUGGUUCUGUUCAGAGGAAGUGAACCUGUUCUUCAGUCUCUGGCAGCAGCUGAAAUGGCGCAGCAAGAAGUUCAACUGGACAGAGAAAGAUUCUGCUGUUCGAUCUGUCUGGAUCCACUGAAGGAUCCGGUGACUACUGUCUGUGGACACAGCUACUGUAAGAGCUGUAUUAACAACCACUGGGACAAUGGGGAGGAGAGAGGAAGCUACAGCUGUCCUCAGUGUAGACAGACCUUCACACCGAGGCCUGUCCUGGAGAAAAACACCAUGUUAGCUGAUUUAGUGGAGGAGCUGAAGAAGACUGGACUCCAAGCUGCUCCUGCUGAUCACUGCUAUGCUGGACCUGAAGAUGUGGCCUGUGAUUUCUGCACUGGGAGAAAACUGAAAGCUCUCAAGUCCUGUUUGAACUGUUUGGCCUCUUAUUGUGAAAAACACCUCCAGCCUCAUCUUCAGGCAGCUCCUUUUAAGAAGCACAAGCUGGUGGAGCCCUCGGAGAAGCUCCAGGAGAACAUCUGCUCUCGUCACGACGAGGUGAUGAAGAUGUUCUGCCGCACUGAUCAGCAGUGUAUCUGUUAUCUCUGCUCUGUGGAUGAACAUAAAGACCACGACACAGUGUCAGCUGCAGCAGAAAGGACUGAGAGGCAGAGAGAGCUCGGGCUGAGGAGACAAACAAUCCAGCAGAGAGUCCAGGACACAGAGAAAGACCUGAAGCUGCUUCAACAGGAGGAGGACGCCCUCAAUGGCUCUGCUGAUAAAGCAGUGGAGGACAGUGAGGAGAUCUUCACUGAGAUGAUCCGUCUGCUGGAGAAAAGAAGCUCUGAUGUGAAGCAGCAGAUCAGAUCCCAGCAGGAAUCUGAAGUGAGUCGAGUCAGAGAGCUUCAGGAGAGACUGGAGCAGGAGAUCACUGAGCUGAAGAGGAAAGACCAUGAACUGAAGCAGCUCUCAGACACAGAGGAUCACAACCAGUUUCUACACAACUACCCCUCACUGUCACCACUCAGUGGAUCUACACACUCAUCCAGCUUCAGGAUCCGUCCUCUGAGGUACUUUGAGGACGUGACAGCAGCUGUGUCCCAGGUCAGAGGUCGACUACAGGACAUUCUGAGUGAGACAGAGACAGAGAUUUUACAGAUUGUGUCUCAAGUGGAUGUUUUACUGCCACAACCAGAGCAAGAGACCAGAGCUGACUUCUUAAGAUAUUCACAGGAAAUCACACUGGAUCCAAACACAGCAAACAGACGUCUGUUAUUAUCUGAGGGAAACAGAAAAGUAACGUGUAUGAGUAAAGAUCAGUCUAAUUCUAAUCACCCAGACAGAUUCACUGAUUGGUGUCAGGUCCUGAGUAGAGAGAGUCUGACUGGACGUUGUUACUGGGAGGUGGAGCGGGGGGGGGGAGUAGUUGGUGUAGCAGUCACAUACAAGAAUAUCAGCAGAGCAGGAGGCUCACGUGAAUGUGGCUUUGGAUACAAUGAUAAAUCUUGGUCAUUAUCUUGUUAUGGAAACAGUUAUAACUUUGAAUACAACAGCAUCAGGACUCCAGUGUCAGGUCCUGAGUCCUCCAGAGUAGGAGUGUACCUGGAUCACAGUGCAGGUGUUCUGUCCUUCUACAGAGUCUCUGACACCAUGACUCUCCUCAAAAGAGUCCAGACCACAUUCACUCAGCCUCUCUAUGCUGGAGUUAAUGUUUAUCGUUCUGGAUCCACAGCUGAGUUCUGUCAGCAGAUGCAGGAAAAGACCAGCACCAUCGCAACCAACUCUGCUCGCCUCGGUCUCAACAUCCACAGAGGGAAGAGCAAAGUCAUGAGAGUCAACUCUGCCAACACUGCACCCAUCAUGCUGGAAGGCGAAGCUCUGGAGGAGAUUGAGGAGUUCACCUACCUUGGCAGCAUUGUCAACAAGCAGGGUGGAACAGAUGCAGAUGUGAGAGUCAGGAUUGGCAAGGCCAGAGUUGCGUACCUCCAACUAAAAAACAUCUGGAGCGCAAAAGACCUGGCCAUCACAACAAAGAUCAAGAUCUUUAACAGCAAUGUGAAGUCAGUCCUACUCUACGGUGCUGAGACAUGGAGGACUACGGUGAAUACAACAAAUAAAAUCCAGUCAUUCAUCAAUACCUGUCUGCGACGAAUCCUCCAGAUCCACUGGCCUAACACCAUCAGCAACAAAGAACUGUGGGAACGUACCAGCCAAAAGCCAGCGGACGAAGAGAUCCUCCAACGACGUUGGAGAUGGAUAGGCCAUACUCUCCGUAAACCAGCCACAAACACCACAAGACAGUCCCUCAAGUGGAAUCCCCAAGGGAAAAGAAAGAGAGGUCGGCCGCGAAACACCUGGCGUAGAGACUUGGAGGCAGACGCCAAGAAAAUGGGCUACACCUGGGGACAGCUUGAGAUGUUGGCCCAGGACCGGGAUGCAUGGAGAACUCUUCCAGUGAACAACAAGCUGGGAACUGUGGGAGCUGAGUCACUGCAGGGAGUGAACGAGAGAGGGAGGAGCAGAGAUCUGGUUCUGUUCAGAGGAAGUGAACCUGUUCUUCAGUCUCUGGCAGCAGCUGAAAUGGCGCAGCAAGAAGUUCACCUGGACAGAGAAAGAUUCAGCUGUCCGAUCUGUCUGGAUCUACUGAAUGAUCCGUUGACUACUGUCUGUGGACACAGCUACUGUAAGAGCUGUAUUAACACCCACUGGGACAAUGGGGAGGAGAGAAGAAGCUACAGCUGUCCUCAGUGUAGACAGACCUUCACACCGAGGCCUGUACUGGGGAGAAACACCAUGUUAGCUGAUUUAGUGGAGGAGCUGAAGAAGACUGGACUCCAAGCUGCUCCUGCUGAUCACUGCUAUGCUGGACCUGAAGAUGUGGCCUGUGAUGUCUGCACUGGGAGAAAACUGAAAGCUCUCAAGUCCUGUUUGAAUUGUUUGGCCUCUUAUUGUGAAAAACACCUCCAGCCUCAUCUUCAGUCAGCUGCAUUUAAGAAGCACAAGCUGGUGGAGCCCUCGGAGAAGCUCCAGGAGAACAUCUGCUCUCGUCACGACGAGGUGAUGAAGAUGUUCUGCCGCACUGAUCAGCAGUGUAUCUGUUAUCUCUGCUCUGUGGAGGAACAUAAAGACCACGACACAGUAUCAGCUGCAGCAGAAAGGACUGAGAGGAAGAGAGAGCUCGGGCUGAGGAGACAAACAAUCCAGCAGAGAGUCCAGGACACAGAGAAAGACGUGAAGCUGCUUCAACAGGAGGAGGAGGCCCUCAAUGGCUCUGCUGAUAAAGCAGUGGAGGACAGUGAGGAGAUCUUCACUGAGAUGAUCCGUCUGCUGGAGAAAAGAAGCUCUGAUGUGAAGCAGCAGAUCAGAUCCCAGCAGGAAACUGAAGUGAGUCGAGUCAGAGAGCUUCAGGAGAGACUGGAGCAGGAGAUCACUGAGCUGAAGAGGAAAGACCAGGAACUGAAGCUGCUCUCAGACACAGAGGAUCACAACCAGUUUCUACACAACUACCCCUCACUGUCACCACUCAGUGGAUCUACACACUCAUCCAGCUUCAGGAUCCGUCCUCUGAGAUACUUUGAGGACGUGACAGCAGCUGUGUCCCAGGUCAGAGGUCGACUACAGGACAUUCUGAGUGGGACAGAGACAGAGAUUUUACAGAUUGUGUCUCAAGUGGAUGUUUUACUGCCACAACCAGAGCCAGAGACCAGAGCUGACUUCUUAAGAUAUUCACAGGAAAUCACACUGGAUCCAAACACAGCAAACAAAUAUCUGUUAUUAUCUGAGGGAAACAGAAAAGUAACACGUAUGAGGAAAGAUCAGUUUUAUUCUGAUCACCCAGACAGAUUCACUGAUUGGCCUCAGGUCCUGAGUAGAGAGAGUCUGACUGGACGCUGUUACUUGGAGGUGAAGGUGAGAGGAGAAGUUUAUGUAGCAGUCACAUACAAGAAUAUCAGCAAAGUAGGAAAAUCACGUGAAAGUUUAUUUGGAUUCAAUGAUAAAUCUUGGUCAUUAAAUUGUAAUGUAAACAGUUAUAUCUUUUAUUACAACAACAUCAAGACUCCAGUGUCAGGUCCUGUGUCCUCCAGAGUAGGAGUGUACCUGGAUCACAGAGCAGGUGUUCUGUCCUUCUACAGCGUCUCUGACACCAUGACUCUCCUCCACAGAGUCCAGACCACAUUCACUCAGCCUCUCUAUGCUGGAGUUUGUGUUUAUCAAGGAUCCACAGCUGAGCUGGGAACUGUGGGAGCUGAGUCACUGCAGGGAGUGAACGAGAGAGGGAGGAGCAGAGAUCUGGUUCUGUUCAGAGGAAGUGAAUCUGUUCUUCAGUCUCUGGCAGCAGCUGAAAUGGCGCAGCAAGAAGUUCACCUGGACAGAGAAAGAUUCUGCUGUUCGAUCUGUGUGGAUCUACUGAAGGAUCCGGUGACUACUGUCUGUGGACACAGCUACUGUAAGAGCUGUAUUAACACCCACUGGGACAAAGGGGAGGAGAGAGGAAGCUACAGCUGUCCUCAGUGUAGACAGACCUUCACACCGAGGCCUGUCCUGGAGAAAAACACCAUGUUAGCUGAUUUAGUGGAGGAGCUGAAGAAGACUGGACUCCAAGCUGCUCCUGCUGAUCACUGCUAUGCUGGACCUGAAGAUGUGGCCUGUGAUAUCUGCACUGGGAGAAAACUGAAAGCUCUCAAGUCCUGUUUGAAUUGUUUGGCCUCUUAUUGUGAAAAACACCUCCAGCUUCAUCUUAAGUCAGCUCCAUUGAAGAAGCACAAGCUGGUGGAGCCCUCGGAGAAGCUCCAGGAGAACAUCUGCUCUCGUCACGACGAGGUGAUGAAGAUGUUCUGCCGCACUGAUCAGCAGUGUAUCUGUUAUCUCUGCUCUGUGGAUGAACAUAAAGACCACGACACAGUGUCAGCUGCAGCAGAAAGGACUGAGAGGCAGAGAGAGCUCGGGCUGAGGAGACAAACAAUCCAGCAGAGAGUCCAGGACACAGAGAAAGACCUGAAGCUGCUUCAACAGGAGGAGGAGGCCCUCAAUGGCUCUGCUGAUAAAGCAGUGGAGGACAGUGAGGAGAUCUUCACUGAGAUGAUCCGUCUGCUGGACAAAAGAAGCUCUGAAGUGAAGCAGCAGAUCAGAUCCCAGCAGGAAACUGAAGUGAGUCGAGUCAGAGAGCUUCAGGAGAGACUGGAGCAGGAGAUCACUGAGCUGACGAGGAAAGACCAGGAACUGAAGCAGCUCUCAGACACAGAGAACCACAACCAGUUUCUACACAACUACCCCUCACUGUCACCACUCAGUGGAUCUACACACUCAUCCAGCUUCAGGAUCCGUCCUCUGAGGAACUUUGAGGACGUGACAGCAGCUGUGUCCCAGGUCAGAGGUCGACUACAGGAUAUUCUGAGUGAGACAGGUACAGAGAUUUUACAGAUUGUGUCUCAAGUGGAUGUUUUACUUCCACAACCAGAGCCAGAGACCAGAGCUGACUUCUUAAGAUAUUCACAGGAAAUCACACUGGAUCCAAACACAGUAAACAAAUAUCUGUUAUUAUCUGAGGGAAACAGAAAAGUAACACGUAUGAGUGAAGUUCAGUCUUAUUCUGAUCACCCAGACAGAUUCACUUGUUGGCUUCAGGUCCUGAGUAGAGAGAGUCUGACUGGACGUAGUUACUGGGAGGUGAAGUGGGGGGGGGGGGGGGGAGGAGUUUUUGUAGCAGUCACAUACAAGAACAUCAGCAGAGCAGGAAACUCACAUGAAUGUUCAUUUGGACACAAUGAUAAAUCUUAGUCAUUAUCUUGUUUUGGAAACAAUUAUAACUUUUCUUACAACAGCAUCAAGACUCUAGUGUCAGGUCCUGAGUCCUCCAGAGUAGGAGUGUACCUGGAUCACAGUGCAGGUGUUCUGUCCUUCUACAGAGUCUCUGACACCAUGACUCUCCUCCACAGAGUCCAGACCACAUUCACUCAGCCUCUCUAUGCUGGAGUUUGGCUUUAUUAUUCUGGAUUCACAGCUGAGUUCUGUAAACUCAAAUAGACUCGAGUCAUUAAAAGCAGUGAUUUAGAUUCUGUGUGUUAAUCUUUAACUUCUUUUGUCUCCAUGUUUGUUGAUCAAAGUUUGUCGUGGUGACGUUUCUGCUCCGCACAGAGAUCAGCUGUCAAUCAAACACUGACCUUCCUUUAUCACACAUAUUUAGUUCUCACUUUGUAAAGACAGAAAUCUAUAAUUACACUGACAUGAAUGUGUUUGAAAGAUCUAAUGUUGCUGUUGUUUUCUAAAUCAAUGUAGAAAUCAGGUUGUGUGAUGUUUUAGAACCUGUGUUGAUCCUGAUGAGUGUUGCUAAGGGGCGGAACAUUCUGGAAACUUUCUGGAAACUUUGCUCGGGAAGUUAAGCUCAGGAAUUCUGGAAAUGUUGACACUUUUUUUGCAGAAGUUAAUCAAUAACAGGGAACUUACAGGAAGUUGAAAACC